AUGGAUGUGAAUGCGGCCGCCGCCAAGGCACUGCUCCACCUGAAGGCCAAGGCCUCCUUAGAAGCCUCCCUGGAAAGCGAGACCUCGGAGGGAGCGGAAGGAUCCCCCACAGCUUCUUGGUGGGACUCCGAGUCUUCGCCCAUGGACCAAAAUGGACAGCAUGUCAAGAUCUGCGAUGACGAAGAGAGGACAAUGGAGCGCGACGUGGACGAGUUCGAUCUGAUGGCACAACGCAGCGCAGCUUUCGAGUCUCUUCCAGAGGACCGGAAGCGAGCCAUCUCCUCGCUGCAAUCCGCGUUCCUGGAUGCCCUGGACACAGAAGAUGUGAAUGGCGCGGCCGCAGCGGCAUUGAAGCGCCUCCUGUCGAACCCAGCCGGCGAGGAUGCGGAUAGGAGUGGUGGCAAGCCUUCGAUUUUCCAAAUGCUCUUCCAAGAGAAGUUGGUUUCAGAAGAGAUGACCGCAGAGACGGGAAGCCUCGACGCAAAGGUGGAGGCGCUGAAGGCCUGGAGCCUUUCCCUGCAGAGGGAGGCCCAGAGCGCCGAGGAUGUGACCGGCGCCGUAGCGGCGGCCUUGCUGCGUUUGAGCAGAUCCGCGAAAUGA